CAUGUGCAGACUCAUACCACGAGAACCAAAACAUAUGUUUGUAAAAUGACAAUUUAUUCAACCUUCCUGUAAAUAGAGGCGCACAUUUUACUAUAUCAGGUAUUUACACCAAAACCAGCUUUAAAAUAUACACCCAGCACUAGGUAAAGAAAGUGAAAGAGACUCAAAAAAUGGCAACAUACCCAGGUAUGAGCCUCGGUGGCGAAGUGCGAGAAAGCAUUUCCUUAGAUGAAGACGAUAUGAGUGAUGUCGAAGACGAAGUUUUCAUCCGAGAUGGGAAAAAUAGUUACAAACUCGCGGAAGAGUUAAACGUAAAAAGGCCCUUGAUGGCCCCUCGGAGAAAAUUGGGAAAGCCUGAUCUAACGUCCCGACUGAAAGCUAAACCUCCGUGUAAGGCGUUUUGCAAGCCUUGCUGCUACAUGUUUGCUGCUUUAAGUAUUGUAAUCGGUAUAAUAGUGCUAGUUGUUAUUUUCGUGUCGAUAUUUCCAUUGCCUUUGGACCGGCUAAGAGAUUGGAUAAUAUCGAAGUCUAAGCCAGUUGCAAGUCCCAUUAAAUUACUACCAUGUAGUAAUUUGAAAAUUACCGACGUCUGGGCCACAAAUUUGCCCAUUUUGACCACCGACUCUCCAAUUUGGUUGCUCGACCUGAACCGAGAUGGCGUUGACGAUAUUCUUUUCGGAUUUGGCACGGGUGAUAAUUACAACAUUUUAUCCCCGGAUUUAUUUUGUCCCAUUUUUCUGGGGGUGGCACCUCCUUGCGAAGGAGGUGUGAUCGCUUUGAAUGGCACUACUGGUGAUAUUGUGUGGAGGUAUUGGACAAACGACACAAUUUUCUCCCUCCAGUGUUCCGCAGACCUUAACGGUGAUGGUUUGGAAGAUUGUUUGGCGAUAGGAGAUGAGGGGACUCUUGUGGCAAUUGACUCGAAAAAUGGGUCCCAGUUGUGGGAACAAAACUACAGUAAAUUGGACGUUUACGUUGCCAACUUCGUGCCAGAUCAAAAUAAUGAUACUGUGGCUGAUAUUUUGUCCUCACAUACGUCACAAGAUUCCAAAGAGGGACAUCUUGUCCUAAUUUCUGGAAAAACCGGGAAGGAGAUAAAAAGGAUAACUGUACCAAAUGGAUCAAAAACAUUUUUUAUGCCGCAACUAUUGCGAGUAAAUGGUAGUGACUUUGUCAUAUUUGGGACCGGAAGCCCCACAACUCCUGGCAAUUUAAGUAUUGCCCCCCUGGAUGGACUCAUGGCUGGAAAUUUGACAACACGCACAAUUUAUAAAGAUCCAUACAAAGGCAUCCUCACCCAAUCAGUUCUGGUGGACAUUACUGGCGAUAACAUAUCUGACAUUGUUACUGCAAUGUACAACUCGACGGUAGUUGCAAUAAAUGGAUUAACGUUUGAACAAAUCUGGAAUUACACGAUACCCAGUUCUGAAAGUAAUAUUACACCAACGCCUGGGUAUUUUAACGACGACAAUGUAACCGAUUUUUUGAUAAUAUACGAAAAAUAUGAUAAUAUUCUUAAUUACAACUACACGACAACUUUUAUUAUUGAUGGAAAGACGGGGAAACCCAUUUAUACCAAGUCGAUAAGUGGGAGUAUUGCGACUCAAAUGAGUGGACUGACUUUGGCGAUGGAGUCACAUGGGUUUGAUAUGUUCCUUUUCUGGACAACGGAGUGUAGCAAUGUGGACAUGUACCAGAAAAAUAAAGUAGUAGAAAAAGAAAAUGUUCUAGACGGCAUUCCCGACAUUUGUCGGCAACAAUUUAACACAACCAGUAUAAUGAAACUAAACGCACUUAAUCAAUACGAUCAACCACCCGGAUUUGAAAUUUACAACUCUGUCAAUAAAACUCUCCUCGAAUUUAACAACACAAAAUCACCGUUGAGGCUCAUUAAAGAGUACAUAAUAACGCACCCUAAAAUGCAAAUGAUAAACAACGAAGGCCAAGCGGAAGUGGACGAAAAUUACAUGGACGACACACAAAAAAUACAAAUCCACAAAUAUCGAGGCUCAAAUUUCAGACACAAGGACAACAGACAGGGAAUAGUCAAAGACUACAUGAGCACUAAAACCAAUGAAGAAUUAAGCGAAGCUAUGGCUCCAAAAUAUGGUAGCGAGGAAGGUUGGCAAUUAGGGCCUCAGCCAAACUUAAUGAACGAACUUCCUGGAGAUGACAUCGAUCCAGAUUAUGACGCGGAUCCAAACAUGUUCAACCAAAAGGAAAUGUUGUACAAUGACCAACCGUUGAAAAGCAACAGAGACCCCAGAAGUGAAGACAACACGCCUCAAGUGACAAACAGAAUUUCUCAAAAUCCCCCAAAAUAUGGCAUUUAUGAUUACCAGAAUAUUAAAAUGGCCCGAAAUCGGUUACUUCACGACUUGAACAAUCUACCACUCGAAAUCCUAAGAGACACUUAUUUCAAAAAUAGGGAGAGCCAGUUACGAAAAUCAAAAUUCGAGCAGCGAGACAUAACUUCGCACAUCGAUAAAAUUAAGCAAAAUGAGGAAGUGAAGAAAAUCAUAGACACUGAGAGAAAAGUGGCUGAAAAUACGUCGUUCAGUUUGUGGGAUUUGGAGUCGGAAAAGGAGCUGCAAGAUAAAGAGAAUGGUUACUGGAGGGGGAAAAGAGCAGUAAAUUAUACAUUUUCAGCAAUUCGUAGAAUCACAUCAGUUGGUGGUGUCUUGAACUCAAUCAAUUCGUCCAGUAAUUCAAUCGAUGUGGUUUUUAUCACUUAUUGGCAGCCUACUAAAUAUCAGAGUGAGUCGAUGGCGGACCAAGAGAUGAAAGAGUGUCUCGAGGAAAAACUUGGCAAAGACCAAGGCCAUACCUACACGAAAAACACCGAAAAAGAGCAAAAGGAGUUGUACAUAAACGAAUGCCGCACCGAACAAGAAAGUCUAAAGCAGCAAUUUGUCGAAUUUAACCGAAUUCUCGAACUCAGUCUCGGUCAAAUGACCGUCUAUCGAGUGAGAAUAGAAUGCGUGUGUGACGUUAAGAAAGCUGACGAACGAUGUGCCAAAUUCUUGCCUCAGGACGAGCAAAGUUGGUCGAUGUAUUUAGGAAAGCAAGGAGAUGGAGUUUUUCAUACACGAAAUUAGUUCAUUAUGUUGUGUUAUUAGUUAAGUUUUAGAGGAUUAAACAAAAUUGUGUUGACAUAAUAAUCAAAUAAAAGUGUAAUAUGUGGUAAAUUACAAUAUCUUAAGAUUCAUAAGACAAUCUGCAGUUUUAGUUUUGUAAUUAAAACAUUUACAAAUAAAUUUAUUUUCGUUUA